GUCAUGCUGGACUGCAUGCACCACUUCUGCAAGGCCUGCAUCCAGGGCUACUGGGAGAGCUGCACCCGCGUGCCCUCCUGCCCCCAGUGCCGCCGUGAGUUCCCCAGCCGGGCUUUCCGCACCCACUACCUGCUGCUGGGGCUGGUGGAGAAGGUGCGGCGCUGCGGCUCUGUGGAGGGUGAGUGGCUUCUGCCCGGCUGGGGGAGAAGGGGACAGAAGCACCUGGAAGAUGCGUUGCAAGCUCGUCAGAGGGAGAUGGAGAGCUUCUUGCGGAGGAAGCGUGCGACGCAGGAAGAUAUCUGUGGCCUGACGAAAGUGUCUGGGGAGCUGAACUUCAAGAUCCGGGCAGAGUUUGCCCGCCUUCAUCAGAUCCUGGAGGAAGAGGAGAGAGCUGUGCUGGCAGAGCUGGGUGAAAAGGAAGAGCAGUCGCUGGCACGGCUGCACGGGGACGUCCACCGGCUGGAGGAGGGGAUGUCGGUCCUGCAGAGGGACAUAGAGCGCAUAGAGCAGACCCUGAGCAAGGUGGAAGAAGUGUCAUUGCUGGAGGUGGAGAGCCUGGAUAUCAGGCCCUCGGUGCAUGUCGAGACCCAGCCUGCCUUCGACCUGGAGCGCUACAGGGACAGCCGCAGCGGCCCCUUGCAGUACAUCUUCUGGAGACAGAUGCUGCGGUCCAUCUGCCCCGCUCCUGCCCCACUUACCUUCGACCCGGAGUCAGCCCACCCCAACCUGGUCUUCUCCAGAGACCUGACAGCAGUCACAGAGAGGAAUCGAGCCCAGCUUGUCCCCAGCAGCCCUCGGCGCUUCCGUCAGUGCGUCAACGUCCUGGGCUCUCAGACCUUCGACAGCGGCCGGCACUACUGGGAGGUCUGGGUGGGCAGCAAAACCAAAUGGGACCUGGGGGUGGCUGCUGAAGCUGUGGACCGGGCAGCAAAGGUGAAGCUGUGCCCAGAGAAUGGCUACUGGACGCUUCGCCUGCGGAACAAGACGGAGUACUGGGCCACCACCACCCCCUGGGUGCGCCUGACUCCCCGUCGGCCUCCCCGGAAAGUGGGGGUGUUCCUGGACUGCCAGGAGGGCACUGUCACCUUCUUUGAUGCUGGGGACAUGUCCCACCUCUUCACCUUCCACCAGGUCUCUGCAGAGAGAUACUGCCCCUUCUUCAGUACUUGCUUCAGCGAUGGGAGGGACAACAUGGAGCCCAUGCGCCUCUGCCACCUGGCCCUGUGA